GUCUGGCUUUUGGGGCCGGUGGCCAGAGGAAGACGUCAGUGAUGGGUCUCGGACGGAAACGUCACCCAUUCCUUCUCUUCAGAGCCGCUGCCUAUCCCGCUGAGUUACUCCAGCAUUUUGUAUCUAUAUCCUCGCUUUUAAACCAGCAUCUGCAGUUCCUUCCUGCACAGAAGACGUCAGGGGGAGGGUGAGGGUGAGGGUGAGGGCCGCUGAGUUGCAGGAGGCCGAUGUCCCUGCACGCCGCCCGCAGCCUCCUGCGGGACAUCCAGCUCAACGUGCUGGAGUGCAAAGUCUGUUUCGAGAUCUACAGCGACAGCGCGGAGCGCCGGCCUUGCGUGUUGCCCUGCGGCCACGCAGUGUGCCGCCAAUGCGCCGGGGCUCUGUCCCAGGGAGGGCGGCAGCUGCAGUGCCCGUUCUGCCGGCGUUGCGGGCCGCCUUCUCAAGCCAUCGACUGCCUGCCUCUGCUGCAGCUGGCGGAGCUGCUGAACCCAGUGCCCGAGGGCGGCGGCGGCAGCAGCAACAGCGGUAGCGGCCCGUGUCCCCUCACUCAGCCCCGGCUCACGGCCGUGCUCGGCGGCUGGGGGAAGCUGCUCAACCCCCGGGCGCUGUCUGUCUGCCCGAGCUCCGGGGCGCUGGCGGUGGCUGACGACGACCCCCGCCGCCCGCUGCGGCUGUGGGAGCGGGGAGAGGAUUCAUUGAAGCCCGCAGCCGCAGCCGCCGGAUUUAGCGGCUUGUUGUACCCGCUGGGUGUGGCGCUGGCCGGCGGUGGGCUGCUGCUGGUGGUGGCGGACGGCGGGGAUUCGUCCCUCAAAGUGUUCGCCCUGGGAGAGAGCCAAAAGCCGAGCGCGAAGACCAUCCAGGGCGACUUCGCUUUACCCUGGGGAGUGGCGGCCGGUCCAGGCUCCGACCAGGUGGCUCUGACCGACGCCCAGCGAGGUACCUUGUUGCUACUCAGCCUGCAUCUGCCCGGCGGCGGCUUAUUGAGCACCGAGACCGUGAGCGAGGGGUUGCAGUGCCCGCGGGAGGUGGCCGUGUGCCCGCUACACUGUUGCAUCCACGUGGUGGAGCAUUUGCAACCUCUCCCACCCUCCACUGCCUCCACCUCUUCUUGCAUCCGCCUCAAGACCUUCAACAGCCGCCGCCAACUCAUCCACCAACUCGACAGCAACGUCUUCAGCCCGGCCCGGCUCCCCGCCGGCCUCUCCGCCAUCGCCGCGGACGGCCGAGGCAACGUGCUGGUGGCCGACGGGCUAGGGGGCACGGUGGGUCUUGUGGAGGGUAUCACGGGAACCCUCCGCUACCGAGUCCUCAUCGCCGAGGGCCUGGUCCGGCCGGCGGGGCUGGCGUGCACCGCUGACGGAGAGCUGGUGGUGCUGGACAGCGGAGACCACACAUGCAAAAUCUACACCGCUCCCGAGGUGCCCUGAGCGUGCCGAGAUGUCCCCCCACAGCUCGUGACCAUCUCUCUGGGGAAAGAAGGUCCACCUUAACAUCCCUUCCAAAUCUCUUUUCCCAAUACUCUUGAUUUCAGUUCAGUUUAGUUUCACGAAAUGUGUUGGAAGGAACUGCAGAUGCUGGUCGAAACCGAAGAAAUACACAAAGUGCUGGAGUAACUCAGCGGGUCAGGCAGCAUCUCUGGAGAGGGGGAAUGGGCGACGUUUUGGGUUGAGUAGAAGGGUCUGAGUAGGAAUAAACGGGUCCCUGUCAGAAUGGCAGGCAGUGGCGAGUGCAAUGCCGCAAGGCUCGGUCCUGGGGCCACGACUAUUUACAAUAUAUAUUAAUUAUUUAGAUGAUGGGAUUAAAAAUAACACGAGCAAAUUUGCAGACAUGGGUUUCCUUGUACACCAGUCACUGAAAGUAGACAGGCAGGUAGAGCAGGCAGUGAAGAAAGCUAAUGGCAUGUUGGCCUUCAUAACGAGAGGAUUUGAGUAUAGAAGUAAAGUGGUCCUUCUACAGUUGUACAGGCCCUGGUGAGACCACAUCUGCAGUAUUGCGUGCAGUUUUGGUCUCCUAAUUUGAAAAGGACAUCCUUGCUAAUGAGGCAGUGCAGUGUAAAUUCAUGCAGUUCAUCCAUGGGAUGGCCGGACUGUCAUAUGAGGAAAGACUGGGCUUGUAUUCAUUGAAAUUUAGAAGGAUAGACUAUAGGUGCAGUAGGCCAUUCGGCCCUUUGAGCCAGCACUGCCAUUCAAUGUGAUCAUGGCUGAUCAUCCACAAUCAGUACCCCGUCCCUGUCUACUCCCCAUAUCCCCUGACUUUGCUAUCUUUAAGAGUCCUCUCAAGCUCUCUCUUGAAAUUAUCUAGAGAACUGGCCUCCACUGCCCUCAGAGGCAGAGAAUUCCACAGACUCACAACUCUCCGUGUGAAAAAGUAUUUCCUCGUCUCUGUUCUAAAUGGCUUAACCCUUAUUCUUAAACUGUGACCCCUAGUUCUGGACUCCCCCAACAUCUGGAACAUGUUUCCUGCCUCUAGCUUGUCCAAACCCAUACUUAUCUUAUAUGUUUCAAUAAGAUUCCCUCUCAUCCUUCUAAAUUCCAGAGUUUGCAAGCCCAGCCGCUCCAUUCUCUCAGCAUAUGACAGUCCCGCUAUCCCGGGAAUUAACCUUGUGAACCCACACUGCACUCCCACAAUACUAAUAGAUGACCAUUUAAGGAUAAAGGGGAAAUUUUAAGGAUAAAGAGGAAAUCUUUUAGGACCGAGAUGAGAAAAACAUUUUUCACACAGAGAGUGGUGAAUCUCUGGAAUUCUCUGCCACAGAAGGUAGUUGAGGCCAGUUCAUUGGCUAUAUUUAAGAGGGAUUUAGAUGUGGCCCUUGUGGCUAAAGGGAUCAGGGGGUAUGGAGAGAAGGCAGGUACAGGAUACUGAGUUGGAUGAUCAGCCAUGAUCCUAUUGAAUGGCGGUGCAGGCUCGAAGGGCCGAAUGGCCUACUCCUGCACCUAUUUUCUAUGUUUCUAUGACAGGAUCUUUACAAAUGUAUAAAAGGACUGGACAAGCUGGAUGUUCCCAAUGACGGGGGAGUCCAGAACCAGGGGCCGCAGUCUAAGAAUAAAAGGGAGGCCAAAAAGGCUGAGAUGAGAAAAAACCUUUUUCACCCAGAGAGUUGGGAAUUUGUGAAAUUCUCUGCCACAGAGGGCAGUGGAGGCCAAUUCACUGGAUGAAUUUAAAAGAGUGUUAGAUGGAGCUCGAGGGGUUGGCGGAAUCAAGUGAUAUGGGGAGAAGGCAGGCACGGGUUACUGAUUGUGGAUGAUCAGCCAUGAUCACAAUGAAUGGUGGUGCAGACUCGAAGGUCCAAAUGGCCUCUGCCUGCACCUAUUUUUCUAUGUUAUGUUUCUAUGUCUGACCCGAAACGUCACCCAUUCUCUCUCCGACCGGAAGGCAUUGCAGAGGGUGGUGAAAAUUGCCCAACGCAUCACCGGUUCCUCGCUCCCCUCCAUUGAGUCUGUCCAAAGCAAGCGUUGUCUGCGGAGAGCGCUCAGCAUCGCCAAGGACUGCUCUCACCCCAACCAUGGACUGUUUACCCUCCUACCAUCCGGGAGGCGCUACAGGUCUCUCCGUUGCCGAACCAGCAGGUCGAGGAACAGCUUCUUUCCGGCGGCUGUCACUCUACUCAACAACGUACCUCGGUGACUGCCAAUCACCACACCCCCCCCCCCCCCCCGGACACUUAUUUUUUAUUCAAAUCGUUUGCUAUGUCGCUCUUCAAGGGAGAUGCUAAAUGCAUUUCGUUGUCUCUGUACUGUACACUGACAAUGACAAUUAAAAUUGAAUCUGAAUCUGAAUCUGAAUCAGAUAUGCUGCCUGUCCCGCUGAGUUACUCUCGCACUUUGUGUCUAUCUUCAGUUUAGUUUAUUGUCACGUGUACCGAGGAACAGUGAAAAGCUUUUGGUGGGUGCUACCCAGUCAACAGAAAGACAAUACAUAAAUUUGCACUUCCUGGUGCAAGGAACGUGUGAACUGGAAGGCUUUAUUUAAUUUAUUUGAAGUGUAUUUUAAUUUAUUUGAAGUGUCUUGCAUCUAUUUCUGCAGUGCCACUCAAAAAACCUUACAAACUUAUGACAACAUAAUCCAUUUUUAUGGUUUUGACGGAUAUUUUGGUGUGGAAGAACCCAUUGCCUAUUCCAUCACAGGUACAGAAGGUCUCGACAUGAAACGUCACCCAUUUGUUCUCUCCAGAGAUGCUGCCUGGCCUGCUUUGUUACUGCAGCAUUUUGUGUCUCUAUGAGUACAGACCUCCCCACCAACAGAGGGAUCUAUAGGACGUGUUGAUUCAAGAAGGCAGCCAGUAUCAUCAAAGGCUCUUACCACCCUGGCAAUGCUCUCAUUUCAUUGCUACCAUCGGAAAGAAGGUGGUGCAGGAGCCUGAAAACCAUGACAACCGGGUUCAAGAACAGCUUCUUCCUAGCAACCAUCAGGCUCUUGAACACUGCACAAUACUAACCACUACCUCAACAACCAGGAUCUUCGAUGGAUUGUAUUUUUGGUUGCACUGCGGACUUCGAUUUUGCGCUAUUUGGUUGCACUACUACUGCUAUUACCCUAGUAGUUCAGUUCAGUUCAGUUAGUUUAUUCUCACUUGUACAUAGACAGCAGAGAUUCUAAUCGAACCAUUUACAGUGUACAGAUACAUGAUAAGUAUUAUUACUGUUAUUGAUUUAUUAUUUUAUUACAUAUUUAUUUUGUGUGUUAUGGUGUUUGUGAGUUUAUAUUAAUUGAAUUGAAUUUCUUUUAUUUUCAUUCAAACAUGUUUGAAAGUGUGCAGAAGGAAGAAUGUCACUUCUGUUGUCGGUACAUAUGGCAAUUAAACACUCUUUACUCUUGACUCUCUUGACAAUGAGAAUGUCAUGAUAUUGCAUAUUGAAGGAAGUAAAAUGAGUUUUAAGGUGAACCUAACAGCAAACUUUAAUGUUCGGGUACGUGGGGAACUUGGUGUUUAUAAAGUUGAAGCACUGUCAAGUUUUAGAAACCAGAAACUGCAGAUUCCGCCUUACUAAAAUAAACAUAAAGUGCUGGAGUAACUCAGUGGGCCAAGCAGUAUUCCUGGAUUGGUGACAUUUCGGGUUGGGAUCCUUCUUCAGAUGCUUGUUUCUCCAGGGAUGCUGCCUGACUCGCUGAGUUACUCUAACACUUUGUGUCCCAGUCAGGCUUUGUCUCACAGUAUUUGUGUAUGGUCUGAUUAUACUUAAUUAUACUUACUGUCCCACUUGGGCGUCAUUUGCGCAUCAUUUACGCGUCACGUUUACGCAUUACGCGUGCGUGGUGGCGUAGGCAGUGAUGCACGGUCGCGCGCGGCGCCCCAGGAUUUUGGGAUGUACAAAAUCUUCACGCGCCAUCUACGUGUGGUGCAAAUGACACCCAAGUGUGACAGGCACUUUAACAGCAUUGCAGCAUUCCUAACGAAGUGUUAAUUUGAACCACCAAUUUACACAGUCACUACUUCAAACAUUCAUACAUGUAUUCCAUUUUUCUCACUUCCUUAAGUUUACAUUUAACAAAGAGAGAGCAGAUUUAUCACCUUUCAAACUUCUGUAAAGCCAAUUUAAUAAUUCUGGAGGUUAGCUACCACCAUACAAGCAAAUAAGCCCUUUUAAUUUUUAGUUUUAGAGUCACAGCACGGAAAGAGGCCUUUCAGGUCACCAAGUCUGCGCCGACAAGCGAUACCCACACAUUAACAUUACUGUACACACACUAGGAAUAAUUCACAUUUCUACCAAGCCAAUUAAUCUACAAACCUGCACGUCUUUUGAGUGUGGGAGGAAACUGAAGAUCUUGAAGAAAACCCCCGCAGUCAUGGGGUUCAAAAAAAAAAUCCAUACAGACGGCACCCAUAGUCGGGAUCGAACCCGGGUCUCUGGUGCUGCAAGUGCUGUAAAGCAGAAACUCUACCACUGCGUCACUGUUUGCGCAAAUCAAAAUGUUGCAAACAAAUGAAUAAGAAGACAACUAUUUAGUUGUUUUAGCAGAGAUUUGGUAGCUGGAUGUGGUGAGCAUUGGCCAGUGGAUGGUGUAGCUGUAUCUAACUUUAACAAUAAAUGUUUCAUUUCAAUGAUGAAAUUCCUGGAAUUAAACAGAGCGGCUAAAUAUUUCAGGCAUUUUUUGGUAGCCUGCCAGGUUUAAAUUAAGCAAAUAAUGAGUCAGAGUUGUUGUUUGUUUAAAUGUUUAGAUGAAUUUGCAGAGAUUCAGAUACAGCACAGAGUAUCAUGUAAACAUUUAGGUUUGAUUAAAGGACAUUCCGAGAUCCUGUAAUGAAUUAUAAUGAGUUGCAAUUGUUCCCAUGAUGGGCCAGCUUCAUCCAAAGAAAAAUUUGGCAAUAAUGUCCCUUUUCCUCCUCGUUAUUUGUGAUCUCGUCUGAAGAACUUGGAAUUGCAGGCAUGUCUGCUAGAUUUACAAUUGGCUGGAUACAGCCUGGUAGUUAAGUAUAAUCCUCAGGGUGGCACCAAAUCACAUUAGUUGGAUUGGAUGCAGAUUCAAUCUCUGAUUUCUACUGCUUAUUUAGAAACAAGAGUAAAAUUACAGGCAAUCAUACAAACUAGAGUUUUAUUCCCAGGAAUGGAGAUGAGGGAAAGAUUUGACUAAAGUUUUCAAAAAUAUCACGUACAGUUGACAGGGUGAUUAUUGGACA